AUGUCCGACAAUCCCGUCAUUGUUGCUGGUGAUAACGAUAAAUGUGGAUCAGCCCUGCCUCCACCUCCGCCGGCUUACUCAGCAAUAUAUCCGGCAAUGACUGAUGACAAAUAUUCUGCGGUGAACGAUACGCAGAAAGUAGCAAAUGGAUUUUUUGGUGUGAAUAAUGAUGUAUCGCAAAUUAUUAAAGCGGUUGAUAUGGCAGCUCGGCGACAUCGCGGGCAACGCAGAAAGGAUGUGACGCAAACUCCAUACAUCAACCACCCAAUUGGUGUCGCGUUCAUUUUGACUAAUGAAGCACAAGUAACAGACACAACAACGAUCACUGCUGCUAUACUGCACGAUAUUGUUGAAGAUACUAAGACAACAGACGAUGAAAUCAGACAAAUAUUUGGGGACGAGGUUGGAUUUUUGCGUCAAUUUAUAUAG